GAAGCGCGGUUGGGACCCGUUGUCUAAAACCCUAAUUUUUUCCGAAUUGCAAAAAUCACUGUAACUGUUCCUUAGCUCUCUCUGAUCAUCAAAGCUCGCAGCGCUUCCAUCCAUCCAUGGAGGGAUUCCAGAAAACGUUCCGCGAUGCCAUAUCGCAGGAUCCAAAGGCCACCUUAGGCUCAAUCUCCUCCUUCUUUCAGAAUUCAAGCCUCAACUCUUCUUCAACCUCUGGUUCUGCGAAAAUCUCAUCCACUGAUCACUCUCAGCUCUUGCUCUCUCGUCCCCCCAGGCAAAUGGUAUCCCUGUGGACGUGCUCGAAGCUCUGUGCAGUCUUCUUUGUCGCUGGAGUGUUCGUAGGCUACACCUUGAAGCGGCGUGUCCGUCUGUGGGCAUCCAAGCUGCUCAAGCGCUUGAAGGAUAACUAACUUUCCCCAUCAGUGUUAUAGCCUGUGUUUCAAGUGGAUAAGCAUUUACAUGUGCUUUGAUGAAUUUCAAGAUUCAAGCUGUUAUUUUUCUAUAGAAUUGUAUUGCUAAUUCAAGAUCUGUUAUUUCAACAUUGAGAUGAAAGUUAAUUGAGAAUCAUUAACUUGUGGGUUACAUUGCUGCAUUUACUGCCCAAAGCAUCAUAGAAAGGAAGAAGCAAGGGAAGUUUAAUGUGUCAUUUUCAAUAGUCUACUCUAGCCAAAGUUUAAAAUAAAUCAAAUAUAUCCUCCAAAUACAUUUGUAUAUUCAUUAGAAAUGAGUAUGGUAUAGUUGUUUUACCAAAUAGGACAAUAAUUUACAUAAAUGAAUUGCUUGACUUUUG